GUGGUGUUCGGGGAACUUUGUGAUGUUGCACCUGUGAUGGCGCCGCGCUUGGCUUUGGAACGUCGGCCCAGUGCACUACAUGUUGACACAUUGUGAUGAAGGAGUAAUGAUUCUAAUGCAACUGUUACAAAUUUAUUGAGAUCAUAUUCAAGUCAUCAUCAGGAGCUUAUCAAAAUGCGAAAGUGAAACUGAAAAGGACCAUGAAUGGAUCGAAAGGGAGGAAGUAAAUAUCAUAAUUGAAAAUGAAUUUGGAUACAUGCGCAGGUCUACCAUCUGUUCACUUAUGAUGUUAAUGCUGCUUCAGUUUGCAAUGCAGCCUGCUGGAGUUUUUGGACUGGAAGACAGUGAUCAAAAUAAUACAGAUGCUGUCAAAGUAGUGCCUUUAUACAAUAACAUAAGAUUGCCUGAUGAACAUAUUCCUUAUUUUCUAUACAAUAACAUGCACAUAGCUACUAGUUGCAAAAAAGACCCUCUCUGUCCAUUUAAGAAGCACUUGAGAAAUCUGCAGUCCUGCUGGGGUUAUGAAAACAAUUGCAAGCCAGAAUACAGAUUCAGCUACCCUGUGUGCACUGAUGCUACUUCAGGCUGGGCCAACACAAUAGAAGUAGCACAGGAUAUUUUCUGGAAGCAAGCUGACUUUGGAUAUGUAAAAGAAAUGCUUCAUGAGAUGAAAACACUGUGUGAAUCGGCCAAACCAGGAGAUUCGUCUUUAGUGUGCUCAAAAUAUACUCGCUAUUGCAGAGCUACAAAUCUUUACAUUGAUUUGAGAAAACCAAGAAGAAACACAGAUAGAUACAAAGAAGAUUUCCUUCAGGAUGGUGAAAUUGGAGGCCACUGUAAAUUGGACAAAAAGGCACUGUUGGCCGAAGGAGAACAUAAGAGUCCUCUCCAGUCCUGGUUUGCAGAACUACAAUCAUAUUCUCAGCUGAACUUUCAAUUGAUAGAAGAUGGAAAUUGUGACCUCAUUAUUGAAAAGCCAACCUACUUCAUGAAGCUAGAUGCAGGUGUCAAUAUGUACCACCAUUUCUGUGACUUCGUUAAUCUCUAUAUUUCCCAACAUAUCAACAACUCUUUUGAUACUGAUGUGAACAUAGUAAUGUGGGACACGAGUUCCUAUGGAUAUGGUGAUUUAUUUAGCGAUACCUGGAAAGCAUUUGCUGAUCACAAUAUUAUACAUUUAAAGACAUUUGACUUUAAAAGGGUAUGCUUCAAGGAAGUAGUCUUUUCAUUACUCCCACGUAUGCGCUAUGGAUUGUUUUACAAUACCCCUUUGGUGCCGGACUGUUUCAGUGCAGGAAUGUUCAGAGCAUUUUCACAGCAUGUCCUGUUUAGGUUAAAUGUUACACAAGAAAGUCCACAGAUUGGGAGAAUUCGAGUUACACUUCUGGUUCGUGGUACUCAAUAUCGCAGAAUUUUAAAUCAGGAUGAGCUGGUGAAGGCACUGAAGACAGUAACAGUAUUUGAUGUCAGAGUGGUGGAUUACAAGGACAUUAGAUUUUUAGAGCAACUGAAAAUAACGUACAAUUCGGACAUUUUUAUCUCCAUACAUGGAGCUGGACUGACUCACCUGCUUUUUCUACCUGACUGGGCUGUCGUUUUUGAAUUGUAUAACUGUGAAGAUGAGCGCUGCUAUUUGGAUUUGGCUCGACUCCGAGGAAUUCAUUAUAUGACUUGGGAAAAAAGUGACAAAGUCAUAUCUCAGGAUAAGGGUCAUCAUCCAACCCUCGGAGACCAUCCUAAGUUUACCAACUACUCUUUUGAUGUAACUGAAUUUAUGCGUCUUGUGCUGUCUGCUGCACAGAGAGUAACACAGCACCCAAGAUGGCCUUUUACACGCUAUCAUGAUGAAUUAUGACAACAUGUACCUAUAUAAGCUUAAUUUAUAUAUCUGUUUAAAUUUUGCAGUUGAAUUUUAAAAGGCUAUUGGUCACAUUUUUAACACUCCUGUAAGGACAAAUAAGAUUGUCUUUUUAAAUGUUACAUGUACCAUAUUAAAUGCACCAUUCUUGAAA